AUCCAGGUUUCGGAGCAGCGCUGAGGCAUCAUCCCUCUGCUGUGUGUGUGCGGGGCGUUCUGGGACGGAUCUGCAGGAUUGUUGAGCCGCAGCAGCAGCAGUAGUUUUGGGGACCUCUAGUAUGAGAACUUCCAUUCCAGCUCGUUUGAUUUCUUUCAUUCUCAUGUUUGAUCAUUUUCUUAUUUUUGACCAUCCGACCUCAUUGUUUCGCCCUCUUCAUUUUUCUGCUACUGUCACCCACAGUGUGUUGCUCACCACCUCCACCACCACCACCACUACCACCACUACCACUACCAGCACCAGCUGAAAGGGGGAAUAUCUCACCAUUCCACCACCAACCAGCCACCUCUGUCCUUUUCUCUGCUGAUGCUGCUUUGGAUUUUUGCUGGCAUUGCUGGACUAUAACGCAAAGGGGAUUUAUAUUUGUAUUGAUUUACAUCUCCACAGUGGACACCGACACUUUUUUUUUCCUCUCUGAAGGGAUGUAUUACUCUGCGCUCUGAACAGGGGGAGAAUUAUCCACGCACUGUCCGUUGAAUGAACUACAGCCGUGCGCCUUUGGUUUUUGGAGCAGGUCUCUCAUCUGGAGAUGCUCUAGUCCGUGUCUGGGUUUGUGGUCCGUGCGUAUCCACUCCGGAUCGGGAUAUAAGGUGAAGACAUUGGAGCGCUUGUCCUCUAUUUUGCGUGCGUUUUUUUUUUUUUUUAAUUUUUUUUAUUUUUGUUUAUUUUGUUUUUUUUGGGUGUGUGUGGACAUAUUUGGCUAUUUUCAGACGGAUUGUGCACCCGGAGGCGCGUAGACUAACCAUGGGGGACUCGAUGUGGAGAUAUUAUUUUGGAGUUUUGUUUAUUGCCUUCAAACUGGACUUGUCCCGGGCGCUCAUCCUGGAGUCCAUCUACUGGAACACAACAAAUACCAAAUUCAUACCAGGCCAAGGCGUGGUAUUGUACCCUCAGAUUGGGGAUAAGUUGGACAUUGUAUGCCCUCGCGUGGACGGCGGGGUGGGUGAUGGCGUGGAGUAUUACAAAGUGUACAUGGUGCCCAGGGAGCAGCUGGAGAGCUGCACCAUCACUAAAGCCGACACGCCGCUCCUCAACUGUGUCAAGCCCGACCAGGAUGUCAAGUUCACUCUGAAGUUUCAGGAGUUCAGUCCAAAUCUAUGGGGCCUGGAAUUCUUUAGAGGGAAAGACUACUACAUCAUCUCUACAUCUAAUGGCACCAUGGAGGGCAUCGACAACCAGGAGGGGGGAGUGUGCAAGACCAAGUCCAUGAAGAUAAUCAUGAAAGUGGGACAAAAUCCCUCAGACCCUAUUUCACCCAAAGACAACCCCACCAGAGUACCCUACCCUCCCAAGCACACGGACGGCAAGAACCCCAUCAAAACUAAUGAUGUGCUGGAGAAACCAGGUGUAUCACCAAGAGAAAGCGACGGAAACGACAACGGAGGAAAAUCCUCCAAUGUCAUCGGCUCCGAGGUGGCCAUCUUUGUCGGCAUCGCCUCGGGCAGCGUCAUCUUCAUCAUCAUCAUCAUCAUGCUGGUCUUGCUUUUGCUCAAGUACCGGCGGCGGCACCGUAAGCAUUCGCCACAGCAUGCCGCCACGCUGUCUCUAAGCACCCUGGCCACCCCCAAACGGAGCGGAGGAGGUGGGAACAAUAACGGUUCGGAGCCCAGCGACAUCAUCAUCCCGCUCAGGACUGCUGACAGCGUCUUCUGCCCGCACUAUGAGAAGGUCAGCGGCGACUACGGCCACCCGGUCUACAUAGUUCAGGAGAUGCCGCCGCAGAGCCCCGCCAACAUCUACUACAAAGUCUGAGUGGAACUUUUUCAAACUUAAGGAGAUGAACUGGAACAAUCCCCGGGCAGAGCGGGUUUUUGGUUUCGGCCGCCGCUGACGAACGCUCUCGCUCUUUCUGUCUCUCUCACUCUGUCGACUCCUCCUCCUCUCCUCUCUGAUGUUUCGUCACUCUUUCUUUCUUAAUCAAAGUUUUGCUUUGUCGCUCUGGUUUGUUGAUAGUCGGGGGGAAAAGGCUGCUGCUGCCACUGCUGCUGCUCUCCGGGUUCUUCUGGGAAACAGAGAAGAGGACGAUCUCUUCUUUGCCCGAUUGCGCCCUGUGUUUUUGUGUUGUGCACUGCAGCCGGCAUUUUUUUGGGGGAAGUGUGUGAAGCUUUGGAAGUCGGACAGAUGCACAGUUUGUGUCGUUUUCUUUUUCUCGGACGUUAACGGAUGUAAAGGUUUCCUGGGAUUACAGGAGGAGAAGGAAUGUUUGGCCUAAGAGAGACUACUACUUGGAAAAAAAAAAGAGAGUGAAAGACACAAAGAAGGAGAGAGGAGGAGAGGUAAAGAAGGAGGAGGAUAUGGGCUGACCAUGAACUGACACGGUGGCCACCCUCCCUCCACUAGCCAGAGAGACUCUGUGGAUUUACCAGGACCGAGGAGGAGGAACAAGGAGAGAGAUUCUCACGCUGAUCCUCUCUGGGACUUUCCUGACUGACUCACAGAGAUCACCCGUUCACCUCGCCACCCACAUGCUCACCUUAACAUAUACACCCACAGACACACACACACACAAACACACACACACACUGUCUCACCCAUCUGUCAACCACAACGUGUUUGGGUUUAAGUGUGGAUUACACCUUUUCUCCUCAUUUUCCCAGAUGUAUGUGUUCAGCAAAACACCUUUUCAGAACUUACUUGAAAGUUUUAUGGAAAAAAAAGUAGAUUCCCUUUUUCUUUUUUUUUUUUUUUGUACUGUCAUCAUUUACUGAUUUUCUGUCUUAUCUGCUUUUCAUAUUCUGGUGUAGUUCAAGUCCAGAUUUCAUUUUCCCUUUUGUCAUAUUGUCUGUCAAACACAAGUGACCCAGCAAUGGCUAGGAGGGAUGAGAGCAUGAAAAGAAGGAGGUUUUUUUUUAAUUUAGGGUGCACGUCAGGUUAGCCCAGGAGGCUUCUGGGAAGAGUGGAGGAUUUUCAUAUACAUAGAGCAGCACUUUUAACCCCCCUUUUUUGGUACCUCCACUCUUCGCAGCAGUCCACAGAGAGAGACACAGUGAUAGUUAAAAGAGAUGGGAGAGCGGCUGUAUCCCGUCAGAUUUAGUAGCGAGUUCUCGCCUCAACUUCUCUGGAAACCUGGGCUUUUCUCACGGGAAAGUGUUAGGGGCAAUAAGAAAUCCAUUUCGCCUUACUGCCGUUUUUCGCAUCAGGUGAAGAAGAGGCCUGAGAUCUAGUCAAGGUUAGCUGGCUGAAACAGCUCUAGGUACUUUACCCCUAGGGGUCCGAGGAUGAUUAAGGGUGCCCUGAGGGGCCCGAAUCAGCGUGACCGGUGCUCUCCUAUUCUUGCUCAUUAAAAAGCACAGGGACAUCUAUUUACAUCGUCACUGUUUCUCAAUCUCCAUUAGCAUUUCCAUAUUUUGUUCUUGAUUUACUUCUUUCUUUUUUUUUCUUUUUUUUUCUUUUUUUUACAAAAUAGAUGUACAUUAAAAAAAGAACAUUACAAAGGUGAAAAAUACAAAAAAAAUUAAAUAAAAAGCAGAAUUUAUUUAUGAUAGACACAUAGAGCACAGGUGUUGUCAGGCAGUGUGGAGAAGAAGAAGAAAAAAGAAGAAGAAGUAAUGUUAAUAUAUUAUGGUAUAAGUGCACAUUAUGCAAUCUAGGUUUUUGAUUAUUCGAUAUCUCUCAACCCACUGAGUCCCGUAUUUCCACGAGCUCUUGUCCGGCAACACAGGGCGUGGUCCUGGCGAGGAGGACCAGGAUCAGGGGAGGGGGGGAGGGUGGCCUGGACCCCGGCCCCGAGGGGGAGUGGAGUUAUCUGACCCAAAAAUAGCUAACGUUGGUGUACACAAGGGCAGAGUAGCUGUGUCUCCCACACUCACUCAGUGUAGCAUCUCCCAAAGGAUAUUUCCCAUGAAGCCCCAGUGCCCUCGAUUCUCAUACACACCCUUCAUAUGUUCUUUGUGCAUGUGUGUAAGCAUGUGUGCGUGUGUUAGGUCUAUAUUUCAUCGUUCUCUUCAGCUUAGGAUCAUAAUGGUGGCCUAGGCUGUCCCCUGAGCAUAUAUAUCAUUAACAUUGUCAUUUGUUCAUUAAAAACAUCAAAUUUCACCGAAAAGCCAAGCCUUGUAUGAUCUGAGGUUUGUGCCUCUAAGAGGCUACAAAAUCUGCAAAUAUGCAAUUCUUAUUUAUUUUUUUAAUCAAUUCUGAGAAAAAAAAAACACCUAUGUAAAGUGUUCUUAACCACUGAAAGAUGUAACAACAAACAAAUGACACAAAACUAGCAAAGUACGUCACCAAGUCUGCUGUUGGUUUUUCUUUUCCUGCAUUAUUUGUAUUAUUAUUUGAACCUUUUCCGUUCUGAUAAUGUGCCGUAGUACAAAGGUAAACUGUGAAAAACCAUUUAAAAGAAUAUACUAUAUCACACCUGAACAGGUAUUUAAGAAAAAAGGUGAAAAAAAACAACACACACAACAAAACAAAAUGGCUGUUUAGUUGCUGUCUGUCUGCGGCAGAAUAUGACAAUCUUAUUAGUUUCUUUGAAUCUGGCGUCCUUUUCUUAGCUGCCCCUCGACUAACGCUCUCCCAACAUCGACGGUUCGGUUUGAUCUCUUCGGAAAAAGUCGCAGCGAUGUUGUGAGAGUCUUAGCACACGAGGCUAGGAGAAGCACCUCAGGCUACUGUAAAAUGCCUUGCUCGUAUGGUCAGCCCUUGGUCACUUGACUCAGUAAUUUUGCACCGUACUUCUGUAGGUAAGAAACUGUAAAUACAUUAAUGUUUGUAUUGUAUAUGGAUCCUGGGUUGUUACAAUAGCCUUAUUCACCUUUUUAGGAAAGUAAAUGGAAAAAAAAAAGUUCAGAAAAAAUGGAAUACACUUCAGUAAAACAGAGCAUACUACUUUUUUGGUAAAUAGCUUAUGUAAAUAUUGACCAGAACCCAAUAAAAACAUUUUUUAUAAACUCUUAAAGUAAGAUGUUUUGUAUAAAAUUUGAAUUUUUUGCUAUGUAUUUUAGCUAGCGCUCGAUGGAAAGCUUGUGUCCUCCCACUCCCUCCCCCCUUUUGCACUGUUUCCAUGGUAAUUUGGUUAAAAAAAUGAGAGAAAAGUUGCCAAGCCGACUGCUGCAUAUUUGUGCCAUAAGUGUGUACCAUAAAUAUUUAUUGAAUUAGUUUCUUUUUUUGUUAUGUUUAUGAUUUAAUUUCAGUCCAGUUUGUAAGUAACACAGUAUUAUAUUUGCAUUGUUUGUUCGUCUACCCCUGGUUUUCUUUAGUCUGUUCUGGUUACCGGGUGGCUGUAGCCCUCUUACCCCCGCCUCCUCUUGCAGUAUGAGAUGGACAGGCUGUGAAAAAUGGUUUUAUCAUUCAAACAAUUUAAAACAAGUUCAAAGUGAGGAUAAAUGACACACAUUCCACCAGUCUGUUACAAACUGAAAAUGUUUUUCAAUAAAAUGUUUUUCCUAUGGA